GACAACCUCACCCCAGACUGGCGCGGGGUGAGAGUUACACGUGUGGCUACAAACCCUUCCGUUGUGAGGUUUGUAACUACUCUACCACUACCAAAGGCAACCUCAGUAUCCAUAUGCAGUCAGACAAGCACCUAAACAAUGUUCAGAAUCUCCAAAACGGCAACGGCGAGCAGGUGUUUGGCCACUCUGCCCCAGCCCCCAAUACCAGCCUCAGUGGCUGCGGAACACCCUCUCCGUCCAAACCCAAACAGAAACCCACUUGGCGCUGCGAGGUUUGUGAUUACGAAACCAACGUCGCGAGGAACCUCCGCAUUCAUAUGACCAGCGAGAAGCACAUGCAUAACAUGAUGCUUCUGCAGCAGAACAUGAAGCAGAUCCAGCACAACCUGCACUUGGGCCUGGCCCCGGCAGAGGCAGAGCUCUAUCAGUACUAUCUAGCCCAGAACAUAGGCCUGACCGGAAUGAAGCUGGAAAACCCGGCCGACCCUCAGCUGAUGAUCAAUCCAUUCCAGCUGGAUCCAGCGACAGCGGCCGCUCUGGCACCAGGACUCGUAAAUAAUGAGCUGCCGCCUGAAAUCCGGCUUGCCAGUGGUCAGCUAAUGGGUGAUGACCUGUCCCUCCUUACUGCAGGAGAGCUGUCACCUUAUAUCAGUGACCCAGCGCUGAAGCUAUUCCAGUGUGCUGUUUGCAACAAAUUCACCUCUGACAGCCUGGAGGCCCUAAGUGUGCAUGUGAGCAGUGAGCGUUCUCUCCCUGAAGAAGAAUGGAGGGCUGUAAUUGGAGAUAUCUACCAGUGCAAGCUCUGUAACUACAACACUCAGCUCAAAGCCAACUUUCAGCUCCACUGCAAGACUGAUAAACAUAUGCAGAAAUAUCAACUGGUGGCUCACAUUAAAGAAGGGGGCAAAAGCAAUGAGUGGAGGUUGAAAUGUAUUGCCAUUGGCAACCCGGUGCACCUCAAAUGUAACGCCUGUGACUACUAUACCAACAGUGUGGAUAAAUUACGCUUGCAUACCACCAAUCACAGGCACGAGGCGGCCCUGAAGCUCUACAAGCACUUGCAGAAGCAAGAGGCUGCAGUGAAUCCUGAAUCCUGCUAUUACUACUGUGCCGUGUGCGAUUACACCACCAAGGUCAAGUUGAACCUGGUACAACAUGUUCGGUCGGUGAAGCAUCAGCAGACCGAGGGCCUGCGUAAGCUCCAGCUCCACCAACAAGGCCUGGCACAAGAAGAGGACAACCUCAGUGAGAUCUUUUUUGUUAAAGACUGCCCACCAAAUGAGCUUGAAACUGCCUCUUUGGGAGCCAGGACCUGUGAAGAUGAUCUUACAGAGCAGCCAUUGAGAGCAACCUCAGAUGAACAAAGUGAGGAGGCGGAAGGAGCUAUUAAGCCUACAGCAGUGGCUGAGGAGGAUGAGAAAGACACAAGUGAGAGAGACAAUAGUGAAGGCAAAAACUCUAAUAAAGACUCUGGGAUAAUCACACCAGAGAAGGAGCUAAAAGUCAGUGUGGCGGGGGGAACCCAGCCACUCCUGCUGGCAAAAGAAGAGGAUGUUGCAACCAAAAGGUCAAAACCUACAGAGGAUAAUAAAUUUUGUCACGAACAGUUCUAUCAGUGUCCUUAUUGUAACUAUAAUAGUAGGGACCAAAGUCGUAUCCAGAUGCAUGUCCUGUCACAGCACUCGGUGCAGCCGGUCAUCUGCUGUCCCCUCUGCCAGGACGUCCUCAGCAACAAAAUGCACCUCCAGCUGCAUCUGACGCAUUUGCACAGCGUGUCUCCAGAUUGUGUGGAGAAGCUGCUUAUGACGGUGCCUGUCCCUGAUGUGAUGAUGCCAAACAGCAUGCUACUGCCAGCAGCCACCUCUGAGAAGUCAGGCCGGGACACACCUGCAGCCAUGGCAGCUGAGGGGUCUGGGAAGUAUUCAGGUGAAAGUCCAAUGGAUGACAAAAGUAUGGCAGGUCUUGAGGAUUCAAAAGCUAGUGUGGAAAUAAAGAGUGAAGAGCAGAAACUAACUAAAGAACCCUCAGAAGUGUCAGAAUGGAAUAAAAAUACCAGUAAGGAUGUGAAAAUCCCUGACACACUGCAAGAGCAAUUAAGUGAGCAGCAAAAAAAGCAAUCACUCUCUGUUUCUGACCGCCAUGUUUAUAAGUAUCGUUGUAACCAUUGUAGCUUGGCUUUUAAAACUAUGCAGAAGCUUCAGAUACAUUCCCAGUAUCAUGCCAUUCGGGCUGCAACGAUGUGUAAUCUCUGCCAGCGUAGUUUCCGUACAUUCCAAGCUUUAAAAAAACACUUGGAAGCAGGCCACCCCGAACUGAGUGAGGCUGAACUUCAACAGUUAUAUGCCUCUUUGCCCGUGAACGGCGAACUGUGGCCAGAGAGCGAAACCAUGACCCAGGAUGACCAUGGCCUAGAGCAGGAAAUGGAGAGAGAGUAUGAGCUGGACCAUGAAGGGAAGGCGAGUCCUGUAGGAAGUGAUAGUAGCUCUAUUCCAGAAGACAUGGGCUCUGAACCAAAGCGGACCUUGCCUUUUAGAAAAGGACCCAAUUUUACAAUGGAAAAAUUUCUUGAUCCAUCUCGUCCAUAUAAAUGUACAGUGUGUAAAGAGUCAUUCACCCAAAAGAACAUUCUCUUGGUCCAUUAUAAUUCAGUUUCUCAUCUGCAUAAGUUGAAAAAGGUUUUGCAGGAAGCCUCCAGUCCUGUUCCCCAAGAAACCAACAGCAACACAGACAACAAGCCCUACAAGUGCAGCAUCUGCAAUGUUGCGUAUAGCCAAAGCUCGACCUUGGAGAUCCACAUGAGGUCUGUGCUCCAUCAAACAAAGGCCAGGGCCGCAAAGCUGGAACCCAGUGGUCAUGUGACCAGUGGGCACAGUAUGGCCGCGAAUGUUAACAGCCCCAGCCAAGGGAUGUUAGAGUCCAUGAGUUUAGCAGCCGUAAACAGCAAAGAGACCCACUUAGAUGCCAAAGAAUUAAAUAAAAAGCAAACUCCUGAAUUAAUCUCUGCUCAACCUACACACCACCCUCCACAGUCACCAGCACAAAUUCAGAUGCAACUACAACAUGAGUUACAGCAGCAAGCUGCAUUCUUCCAGCCUCAGUUUCUAAAUCCAGCCUUUUUGCCUCAUUUUCCUAUGACCCCAGAAGCACUGCUGCAGUUUCAGCAGCCUCAGUUUCUUUUUCCAUUCUACAUACCUGGGGCAGAGUUUAGCUUGGGGCCAGAUUUGGGCUUGCCAGGCUCUGCGACCUUUGGGAUGCCUGGCAUGACAGGAAUGGCUGGCUCAUUGCUUGAAGACCUGAAGCAGCAGAUUCAAACCCAGCAUCACGCUGGCCAAACUCAACUCCAAAUACUACAGCAACAAGCACAACAGUACCAAGCCGCACAGCCCCAGCUGCAGCCUCCGAAACAGCAGCCGCCGCAGCCACAGCCGCAGCCGCCACAGCAGCAGGCGGGCAAGUUACUGAAACAAGAGCAAAACAACGUGGUGAGUGCAGACUGCCAGCUCGUGAAGGAUGUACCAUCUUACAAGGAGGCCGAAGAGACCGAAAAGCAAGAAAAACCAAAGCAAGAAUUUGUAAGCGAAGGUGAAGGACUCAAAGAAAGCAAAGACACAAAGAAGCAAAAGUCCUUAGAAUCCUGCAUCCCACCUCCAAGAAUAGCUUCAGGGGCCAGAGGAAAUGCAGCCAAGGCUUUAUUGGAAAACUUUGGUUUUGAACUGGUCAUUCAGUACAAUGAGAACAGGCAGAAGGUACAGAAGAAGGGUAGAAGCGGUGAAGGUGAGAACACGGACAAACUGGAAUGCGGAACGUGUGGGAAGUUGUUCUCCAAUGUGCUUAUUUUAAAGAGUCACCAAGAACACGUGCAUGGGCAGUUUUUUCCAUAUGGAGCGUUAGAAAAAUUUGCUCGUCAAUACAGGGAGGCCUAUGACAAGCUUUAUCCGAUUUCUCCAUCUUCACCGGAAACCCCGCCUCCACCACCUCCACCUCCUCCCCUGCCUCCAGCUCCUCCUCAGCCUUCUUCUAUGGGUCCCGUGAAAAUCCCGAACACGGUUUCUACUCCUCUGCAAGCUCCACCACCCACUCCUCUUAUGAUGCAGCCUGUGCAGCACCCCGCGCUUCCUCCCCAGCUGGCCCUGCAGCUGCCACAGAUGGACACUCUCUCUGCAGAUCUCACUCAGCUUUGCCAGCAGCAGCUUGGGUUAGACCCCAACUUCCUAAGACAUUCUCAAUUCAAACGCCCACGGACAAGAAUUACAGAUGACCAACUAAAAAUCCUAAGGGCUUACUUCGACAUCAAUAAUUCUCCAAGUGAAGAACAGAUCCAGGAAAUGGCAGAGAAGUCUGGCCUUUCUCAAAAAGUCAUCAAACACUGGUUUCGCAAUACGCUUUUUAAGGAGCGACAGAGAAAUAAGGAUUCACCAUACAAUUUCAGUAACCCUCCCAUCACUGUUUUGGAAGACAUCAGAAUCGAUCCACAGCCAGCCUCUUUAGAACAUUACAAGUCUGAUGCAUCGUUCAGCAAAAGGUCUUCUAGAACGCGGUUUACCGAUUACCAGCUUAGGGUUCUACAAGACUUUUUUGACACAAACGCUUACCCAAAAGAUGACGAAAUAGAGCAGCUGUCCACUGUUCUCAACCUACCUACUCGAGUUAUUGUUGUUUGGUUCCAGAAUGCCCGUCAAAAAGCGCGAAAGAGUUAUGAAAAUCAAGCGGAAACUAAAGAUAAUGAAAAAAGAGAGCUCACGAACGAACGUUAUAUUCGAACGAGCAACAUGCAGUACCAAUGUAAAAAGUGCAAUGUGGUUUUCCCCAGGAUCUUCGACUUGAUCACACAUCAGAAAAAACAGUGUUAUAAGGAUGAAGAUGAUGAUGCCCAAGACGAAAGCCAAACUGAAGACUCCAUGGACGCCACUGACCAAGUGGUGUACAAGCAUUGCACGGUAUCUGGUCAGACAGAUGCAGCCAAAAGCACGGCUGCCCCUGCAGCAAGUUCUGGCUCUGGGACUAGCACCCCUCUGAUUCCAUCACCCAAACCAGAACCUGAGAAGACUUCUCCAAAACCGGAAUUUCCUACAGAAAAGCCAAAGCAGAGUGACGCCCCACCCCCUCCUCAAAGCACCAAGUCAGCCCUGCCAUUAGCAUCAACUUCCUCAGAUCCACCACAGGCGUCCACAGUCCAGCCACAGCCGCAGCCACCAAAACAACCCCAACUUAUUGGAAGACCUCCCUCGGCCUCUCAAACUCCCAUUCCUUCCAGUCCACUGCAAAUUUCUAUGACUUCUCUCCAGAACAGUCUACCUCCACAGUUACUACAAUACCAAUGUGACCAGUGUACAGUUGCCUUCCCAACUCUGGAACUCUGGCAGGAGCACCAGCACAUGCACUUCCUCGCUGCUCAAAACCAAUUCCUCCACUCUCCAUUCUUGGAAAGGCCCAUGGAUAUGCCCUACAUGAUCUUCGACCCCAACAACCCACUAAUGACGGGACAGCUGCUGAGCAGUUCUCUCACACAGAUGCCACCUCAGACCAAUUCCUCACACACCACGGCCUCCGCCACAGUCGCUGCUUCUCUUAAAAGGAAACUGGAUGAUAAAGAAGAUAACAAUUGCAGUGAGAAGGAGGGAGGGAACAGCGGUGAAGACCAACACCGAGAUAAACGCUUGAGAACCACCAUCACUCCGGAACAACUGGAAAUACUCUAUGAAAAAUAUUUGUUGGAUUCCAACCCUACCAGAAAAAUGCUUGAUCACAUUGCACGAGAGGUAGGGCUGAAAAAAAGGGUCGUGCAAGUCUGGUUCCAGAAUACACGAGCACGCGAGAGGAAAGGCCAGUUCCGGGCAGUGGGCCCAGCACAGUCUCAUAAACGGUGUCCAUUCUGCCGAGCCCUGUUCAAAGCAAAGUCAGCCUUGGAAAGCCACAUUCGCUCUCGGCACUGGAAUGAAGGAAAGCAGGCAGGUUACAGCUUGCCACCAAGCCCUUUAAUAGCAACAGAGGAUGGGGGAGAAAGCCCACAGAAAUACAUUUAUUUUGAUUAUCCGUCUUUGCCAUUAAAUAAAAUCGAUCUAUCAAGUGAGAAUGAAUUGGCUUCGACAGUGUCAACGCCUGUAAGCAAAACAGCAGAACUGUCGCCCAAGAAUCUCUUAAGCCCUUCUUCUUUUAAAGCCGAAUGUUCGGAAGAUGUAGAGAAUUUAACUGCUGCACCUGUGGAGGCUGGGUAUGAUCAAAAUAAACCCGAUUUCGAUGAAACUUCGUCCAUUAAUACGGCGAUCAGUGAUGCCACCACGGGAGAUGAGGCAAACACUGAAAUGGAGAGCACCACGGGAAGUUCUGGGGAUGUGAAGCCAGCUUUAUCUCCUAAAGAGCCGAAGACUCUCGACACUUUGCCAAAAACGGCCACCACGCCUACCCCAGAGGUCUGUGAUGACAAAUUUCUUUUUUCUCUCACCAGUCCAUCGAUCCAUUUCAAUGAUAAAGAUGGCGACCAUGACCAAAGUUUUUAUAUCACGGACGACCCUGAUGACAAUGCUGACCGCAGUGAGACGUCCAGCAUAGCCGACCCCAGCUCACCGAACCCAUUUGGAUCCAGCAAUCCAUUUAAAUCCAAAAGUAAUGAGCGGCCAGGCCACAAGCGUUUCAGGACCCAGAUGAGCAAUUUGCAGCUCAAGGUUCUCAAGGCUUGCUUUAGUGACUACCGAACUCCAACCAUGCAAGAAUGUGAAAUGCUAGGGAAUGAGAUUGGUCUGCCCAAACGCGUGGUCCAGGUGUGGUUCCAAAAUGCACGGGCAAAGGAAAAGAAAUUUAAAAUCAACAUAGGGAAGCCUUUCAUGAUCAAUCAAAGUGGAACAGAAGGCACCAAGCCAGAGUGUACCCUCUGUGGGGUGAAGUACUCUGCCCGCUUGUCCAUCAGAGAUCAUAUUUUCUCCAAACAGCACAUUUCAAAGGUGAGGGAGACCGUUGGCAGUCAGCUUGAUCGGGAGAAAGAUUACUUAGCUCCGACCACAGUUCGACAGCUGAUGGCACAGCAAGAACUUGAUCGUAUAAAGAAAGCUUCAGAUGUGCUGGGCUUGACGGUGCAGCAGCCAGGCGUGAUGGACAGCAGCUCCCUCCAUGGCAUCAGCCUGCCGGCAGCCUACCCAGGACUACCUGGCCUUCCUCCCGUCCUUCUCCCUGGGAUGAAUGGUCCAUCCUCCUUGCCUGGAUUUCCACAAAAUUCAAACACUUUAACACCUCCCGGUGCAGGCAUGCUUGGGUUUCCUCCUUCAGCUACUCCGUCUCCUGCCCUGUCUCUCAGCAGUGCCCCCACCAAACCUUUGCUGCAGACUCCACCACCUCCACCACCACCUCCUCCUCCUCCUCCUUCAUCAUCUCUGUCAGGACAGCAGACCGAGCAACAGAACAAAGAAUCUGAGAAAAAGCAAACUAAACCGAACAAGGUCAAAAAAAUCAAAGAGGAGGAAUUAGAGGCCACCAAACCCGAAAAACACCCCAAAAAAGAGGAAAAAA